AUGUGGCAAUUUCCUAUGUGCAUGGGAGCUAUCGAUGGGAAACAUUGUGUCUUCCAGAAAUUUGCAACAAAGGGGUCUGAGUACUACAACUACAAAGGGUCACAUAGCAUAGUUCUGAUGGCAGUCUGUGAUGCCAAAUAUAAAUUUAUGAAUAUAGGUGUAGGAGCAAAGGGAAGGGAAGGUGAUACUGGUGUUCUAGACCGAACAGAAUUUGGCGAACGAUUCUAUGACCAUAAGUUAGACUUUCCUCAUCGUGCUUACAAUGCAGAUAUAGAUGAUGUUCUGAACUAUGUAAUUCUGGGUGAUGGGGCUUUUCCUCUUCACCCACAUAUGUUGAAACCUUUCCCCCAAAGUCAACAAUACAAGCCAGAAGAAAUUGUGUUCAAUUAUAGACUUUCAAGAGCCAGAAGAGUAGUGGAAAACGCUUUUGGCAUCCUGAGUGCAAGGUUUCGCAUUUUGCGGCACACAACCAUUGCAAAUGAAACUCUUGCUCAGAACAUUCAACACGAUGCCUCCUAA